UCUGGUGCCUUGCGCUUCUAAUUAGGUUUCUGAAGUUCCUAUUCGACCUAGACACCGUCACUGACCAAGGUACACUUGGAGCUUGACAGCCAUGGCGAGCACUAAAGUUCAAAGGAUUAUGACCCAACCCAUUAACCUGAUUUUCAGGUUUCUACAAAGUAAAGCUCGCAUCCAGAUUUGGCUCUUCGAGCAGAAAGAUUUGAGAAUUGAGGGCCGAAUAAUUGGUUUUGAUGAGUACAUGAAUCUAGUCCUGGAUGAUGCUGAAGAAGUCAGCAUUAAGAAAAAGAGCAGAAAGACUUUAGGAAGGAUUCUUCUCAAAGGAGACAACAUAACGUUGAUGAUGAACACGGGAACGUAAUUGCCAUCAUUUCCACUAAGCACAGUGACUUGUGUCAAUCACUUGGAUAUUGAUGUAUUUUUGCUGCUGCUAUAUUGGUUUGCUUCCCGAAUUCUAUAUGCUAAUUAGUAUUGGUUGUGAUUGUGUGUACUCAUGUAUUAUAUAGCAAGUUUAUGCAUUCUGAUAUCUAAGCCAGGGGGCUGCCCAUGGAAACUUCUCCAAGCCAAUUAGUGACACCAUUGAUCCAAAUUGGAUCUUUUGUUCCAUAUUAGCUUUGUGAAAUGAGCUACUAUCAAUUUGCUCAAA